ACCAACAGGGGGCGGUACUGGCUCACCCUAUUUGGACCCUUCUCCCAGUGUCCUGGCUCUGAAAGUGAGGCUUCGUCAAUGUCCAGGUGGGAUAAAAUUUGCACCGUCCAGAGGGCUCGCGAGAAAAGUGAGCAUCCUCAGGUGCCAGGAGCCGACAGCAAAUGGAAAGGGCAGGAGCACGUGGACGGUGUUUACAAAUAGCGGCCCUGGCGUUUGCGCCUCCUAGCGCUCGCCGGCCCGCACUGGACGAGCUGGAGAAAGGAUCUUGAGCCAUGCAAAGUAAAGCAACAGUUCGGCUGAAAGAAGAUAUGAAAAAUAUGGUGGCAGUGCCACUAAUUGAGCAGAGGAGUCCUACUUAUACAAAGUUGUUCGGCGUCAGUCUCCAAGACCUUCAACAGCAGGGACUCAGUGAGAACGGCAUUCCAGCUGUAGUGGGGAACAUAGUGGAGUACUUGACAAAGAAUGGACUCACCCAGGAGGGCCUUUUCAGGGUGAAUGGUAACAGGAAGGUAGUAGAACAACUUCGACUAAAGUUCGAGAGCGGCGAGCCUGUGGAGCUCCGGACAGAUGGCGACGUCUGCUCUGCGGCCAGUCUGCUGAAGCUCUUCCUCAGGGAGCUGCCUGAGAGCGUGAUCCCCUCGGCCCUGCACCCGCGGUUCCUCCAGCUCUUCCAGGAUGACAGAGAUGAUGCUCAGGAGAGCAGCUUAAGAGACUUAAUAAAAGAGCUUCCAGACACACACUACUGCCUCCUCAAGUACCUGUGCCAGUUCUUGACAAAAGUAGCCAAACACCAUGUGCAGAAUCGCAUGAAUGUUCGUAAUCUCGCCACUGUAUUUGGGCCCAAUUGCUUUCAUGUGCCACCUGGGCUUGAAUGCGUGAAAGAACAAGAGCUCUGCAACAAGAUAAUGGCUACAAUACUAGAAAAGUACAAUACCCUGUUUGAAGUAGAAUGCGUAGAAAAUGAUAACCACAGGUUUGAAAACCCAAUGAAGCUCGUCAUAGUAAAAGAGGCCAAUUGUAAGAACUCCUUACCCAUCCUUCUAGCAAAUAACUUAGAAAGAGACAUGCAAAAACGAUCUCCGAAAACUAAGAUCCCAAAGUCCAAGAGUGAGGGAUCUAUUCAGGUGUACAGGGUACCACAACCAGAGCUGUCUGAUGGUGUUCCUCGGGUCAGCCUGCGGCUCAGUCACAGAAAACCCUGCUGGGAUGGCAUGAAUUCAGCAGAGGACGUUUGCGGGGCCAAGUUGGUGUCCAGUUCACAAGACGAUGAAACACCACUGUCACCUUUCUAUUUGAGCGCCCGUGUAUCCCAGGUCAGCAGUGCUCCAACCACAGGAGAACUCUUAGAAAGAACUAUCCGGUCGGCCGUAGAACAGCAUCUUUUUGAUGUUAAUAGCUCUGGAGGCCAAACCUCAGAGGACUCAGAAUCUGGACCAUCCCCAGCACUUCCCACCACAUCCACCCGACAGCGACGGCACCCAUCCAAGGAGCAGGAUGAAGUGCGAUGUGGCAGAGACAUGGGAUGUAUCAACAAAGAAAAUAUUCCUUCUGGGCUCACUGACCUUGGUGAUUGUAUGUUGAGUGCUCAGGAAGUGGAAAAAUUGCAUGAAAACACUUCCGGCUGUAUUGGAGAAAGGGGCAAACCUAAACGUCAGAAAUCCAGUUCCAAACUUUCAGAGCUCAAUGAAAAUCAAGAUGGUCUUGUGAAUAUGGAACAUCUCAAUUCCUCACCAUCUCAUGAGAGGGCGCGACCUGAUGGUGUUGAACUGAUGUCCAAUGACAGCAAAGAAAGUGAAAAGGACGGUGGACACACCCAGCAUUUUGAGAGCCCCACAAUGAAGAUCCAGGAGCACCCCAGCAUACCUGACACCAAACUGCAGAGGACUCCAGAUGCCGACGCCCAGCAGGAGAGCUUUGUCCCGGAAGUUCCCCAGCUGGACCUGACCGCAUUGUGCGAUGAGAAAAGCUGGACAGAGCCCACACCUGCUUUGCCCUCAUGGCAGCAGGAGAACAUGGACUCCGACGAAGCACGCCUCUCCCCACAGGCCGGGCGCCUCAUCCGUCAGCUUCUGGAUGAAGACAGCGACCCCAUGCUCUCUCCUCGGUUCUACACUUACGGGCAGAGUAGGCAAUACCUGGAUGACACGGAAGUGCCUCCUUCUCCCCCCAAUUCCCAUUCUUUCAUGAGGCGACGGAGCUCCUCCCUGGGGUCCUACGAUGACGAACACGAGGAUCUGACACCUGCCCAGCUCACACGGAGGAUUCAGAGCCUUAAAAAGAAAAUCCGAAAAUUUGAAGACAGGUUUGAAGAAGAGAGGAAGUACCGACCCUCCCACAGCGACAAGGCUGCCAAUCCGGAGGUUCUGAAAUGGACAAAUGACCUUGCCAGAUUCCGGAAACAACUUAAAGAGUCCAAACUAAAGAUAUCUGAAGAGGACCUAACCCCCAGGAUGCGGCAGCGAAGCUACACACUCCCCAAGAGUUUUGGUUCCCAACUUGAGAGGGAGGAUGAGAAGAAGCAAGAGGUGGUAGACAAAGCAAUAAAGCCCAGCAUUGAAGCCACACUGGACUCUAUCCAGAGGAAGCUCCAGGAGAAGCGGGCGGAAACCAGCCGUCCUGAGGACAUUAAGGACAUGACCAAGGACCAGAUUGCAAAUGAGAAAGUGGCGCUGCAAAAAGCUCUGUUAUAUUAUGAAAGCAUUCAUGGACGGCCGGUAACCAGAAGUGAACGCCAGGUUAUGAAGCCACUGUAUGACAGGUACCGGCUGGUCAAACAGAUCCUGUCCCGAGCCAACACCAUACCCAUCAUUGGUUCCCCCUCCAGCAAGCGGAGAAGCCCUUUGCUGCAGCCAAUUAUCGAGGGUGAAACUGCUUCCUUCUUCAAGGAGAUAAAGGAAGAAGAGGAGGGUUCAGAAGACGAUGGCAACACAAAGCCAGACUUCGAAGUCCCUCUGAAAACCGAUUUCAGCGCCCGUUGCUUUCUCAACCAAUUUGAAGAUGAUGCUGAUGGGUUUAUUUCCCCGAUGGAUGAUAAAAUGCCAUCAAAAUGCAGUCAGGACACCAGACUCUCAAAUCUGCAUGCUGCUUCAAUACCAGAACUCUUGGAACACCUUCAGGAAAUGAGAGAAGAAAAGAAAAGGAUUCGAAAGAAACUUCGUGAUUUUGAAGACAAUUUCUUCAGGCAAAAUGGAAGAAACGUCCAGAAGGAAGACCGCACUCCUAUGGCUGGAGAGUACAACGAAUAUAAGCACAUAAAGGCAAAACUGAGGCUCUUGGAGGUGCUCAUCAGCAAGAGAGACACUGAUUCCAAGUCCAUGUGAGGGGGCAGCCCCAACUGCAGUGAAGGGGGGCUGAUGACACGGUGAUUGUGCCCCCCUGGUAAAUAGCAGCUCUGCAGAAACUGGAAGGCAGCCUUAGAGCUGCACCUGCGAAGGAUGGAGCCCUUCUGCCUACAGGCCUUUGGAAUUGGCUCUAGACUGAAGAAGGCAGCUUGUCCUGACUUAGGAAUUUUGUAAGGGAAAGUCAAGAUUCCUGUGCUCAUGUGCACGUGAAGACACUGCAGUGGACGCUUACUAACACUAGCAGUGAUGAGGCACUACAUUGGGACACACUCAUCUGCAGAGACCAUGCACUGUUCUUCCCUGGGUAACAGAGAAGCAGGAGACCAUUCUCAGUCUAACCAGAAUGAAAAUCCGCUCAGGAAGUCCUGGAGCAAACUUGCUGUGCAGGUCACUGUUCCCUGGACCCUGCAGAGUGGGAACGCGCUUCAGAGCCCUGUUUGCUGCCUUGCCCAUUUCUGUGACCUUUCCACAGAGCUGCACCUUUUCCGAGUCGUGUGAAUUGUGUCCCCGUCAGCUCUCAGGUACAUGGAAGCUGUGUCUGCCCGGAAUGGCAGUGCAAACAUCUAUUUGACAGUGUGUUUCUUCAAGACUUCCUCAGCUGAUAAAGAACUGGGAUCCCGUAGGACUGGAUCACCUGCAGCGGACGGGGGAAAUAGCAGGAGCUGUAUUAAUGCUGAUUUUUAAAUCAUGUGACAGGGUGGACAGCCUAGAGAAUUUGUUCCCGAACAUCAACUGUACUUCAUCAGUCCCAGAGUGCAAUGUCAGGCGGGAACCGAGGCCAGCGUGCCAUAGCAGCUGGCGUAGGGCUCGGUUUCGAUCGCACACUAGCCAAAUGUAAACGCCUUUGCUUAAUUCUUAGCUGAAGUGUAGUGGGGAAGGAGGGGGAGAAAAAGAGAGAACCUGUGUUCUCAGCCAUCUGAGAACUUACCAGACUUUAAUUUUUUUUCUUAAGUAAAUCUGCACUAAAAUCCCCUCACUGAGGGAUGAACGUAGGCCUUGGAGCUCAGCCCGAGGCAUAAUCUAAAUCACAAUAUUCUCAAGGUCAUGUAUGAAGAGAGCAAACAAUGGUGUGUAGCCAUUUAUGAUCAUAAUUUUUCCAGAGGCCAUGUCGCAAAGCUGUCUAUAUUAGACGUGUUGGAGGGACCAGGGAACUUAGGACCCUAAAUCAUUCAUCUCUUCAGUGUGCUGACUCACUUGGUGAUUUGUGAUCGUCAUUAGUUUUUAACUUUUUAUGUCUGCCCCGGGGGACAGUGGGCUCGGCCUGCCUGUGCGUCCUAUGCCCGCCCUCGCGCUUCCCGCGCACGGGCACCGCUUGCCAGGAGAAGGCGUUCUGCCCACCCUGCCUACUGAAGACCAUGUUGCAGGUGAUCAGGACGCCCACCUCUGUGUCGUACCAUUGUGUGUGUGUGUGUGUGUGUGUGUGUGUGUGUGUGUGUGUGUGUG